UUUUCCUUACAGAGUUGAGCAAGGACACAAUUACUGGAGUUGAACCUUAUUGGUAAGAUGAAUGUGUUGAGGAUUUAGUGAUAAAUGGUACUGUACAGAGACAAAUUAAACACAGGCUGGUGAUAAACUUCAUAAAUGUGAUGAUUUUGCCAGAGAAUUUAGUCGAGGUAAUGCCUAAAAGAGACUUGAGAAAAAUUACUGAUAAAAAAUGUCGUAAAUGUGAUGUUUGAGCUAUAGAAUUUAGUCAAGAUAGUGAAUUAAAGGGACACACGAGAAAACUUACUGGUGACAAAUGUCAUAAAUUUAAAUUUUGUGAUAGAUAAUAUACUAGUGGCAGUUAUCUGAAGAGACACAUGAGAACACAUACUGGAGUGAUGUAUAUGGUUAAAUGUUUAGUCAAGUCAGUAAUUCACUAAAAGUCAUGAAAACACAAACAGGCAAGAAACCUCAUGUCUGUGAUGUAUGUGGUAGAGGGUUUAGUCAGCAUUGGUAUUUACAGACUCACAUGAGAACACAUACAGGUGAUAAACCUUAUGACUGUGAUGAAUGUGGUAAAGGGUUUAAUCAACAAGGUCAUUUACAGAGUCACAUGAAAACACAUAUGGGCGAUAAACAUCAUGACUGUGGUGUAUGUGGAAAAGGCUUCAGUCAGCCGGGUAGUUUAAAGAUUCACAUGAGAAUACAUUCAGGUGAUAAACCUCAUGAUUGUGAUGUGUGUGGUAAAAGGUAUAGUCAGUUUGAUAAUUUACAGAUUCACAUGAGAAUACAUUCAGGUGAUAAACCCCAUCACUGUGAUUUAUGUGGUAAAGGAUUUAGGAAGCUGGGUAAUUCACAGAUUCACAUAAGAACACAUACAGGGGAUAAACCUCAUGACUGUGAUUUAUGUGGGAAAAAGUUUAGUCAUGUUCAUAAUUUACAGAGACACAUGAGAACACAUACAGAUGAUAAACCUCAUGACUGUGAUUUAUCAUGUUUAUGUGGUAAAACGUUAAGCCAUCUUGGUAAUUUACAGAGACACAUGAGAACACAUACAGAUGAUAAACCUCAUGAAUGUAAUGUAUGUGGUAAAGGAUUUAGUCACCUUGGUCAUUUACAUAGACACACAAAAACACAUGAUGGCGAUAAAUCUCAUGAAUGUGAUGUAUGUGAUAAAAGGUUUAGUCAGCUUGGUAAUUUACAGAGUCACAUUAGAACACAUACAGGUGAUAAACCUUAUGGCUGUGAUGUAUGUGGUAAAGGGUUUAGUCAGCCUGGUAAUUUACAGAGACACACGAGAACACAUACACAUGAUACAGGUGAUAAACCGUAUGACUGUGGUGUAUGUGGUAAAGGGUUUAGUCAGCCUGGUAAUUUACAGAUUCACAUGAGAACACACACACGUGAUAAACCUCAUCACUGUGAUUUAUGUGGUAAAGGGUUUAGUCAGCUUGGAAAUUUACAGAGACACAUGAGAACACAUACAGGUGAUAAACCUCAUCACUGUGAUUUAUGUGGUAAAGGGUUUAGUCAGCUUGGAAAUUUACAGAGACACAUGAGAACACAUAUUGGAGAUAAACCUCAUAACUGCGAUUAAAGUGGUAAAGGAUUUAGUAAUCUUAGUAAUUUACACAUAAGAACACAUACAGGCGAUAAACAUCAUAUCGGUGAUGUAUGUGGUAAAGGGUUUUAAGGGUUUAGUCAUCAUGGGGAUUUACAGGUUGACAUGAAAACAAACAGGUGAAAAACAUCAUAGAAGUUUUUGUGGCAGAUUUUUUUUCAAGUUAUUAUCAUAAAGAGACGAACAAGUACACAUACCUUAUGUCUGUGAUGGUUGUGGUACAGGGCUUAGUCGACAUGGUCAUUUACAGAGACACAUAAGGACACAUACAGGUGAUAAAGCUCAUGACUGUGACGUAUGUGGUAAAGGGUUUAGUCAUCUUAUUAAUUUACAGAUUCAUAUGAAAAUACAUACAGGCGAUAAACCUUAUGUAUAUGAUGUAUGUGGUAAAGGGUUUAGUAAUCUUAGUUAGUAAUUAAAAGAGACACAUUAGAACACAUACAGGCGAUAAACCCCAUGACUGUGGUGUGUGUGGCAAAGGAGUUAAUCAGCUUAGUAGUUAACAGAUUCACAUGAAAACACAUACAAGCUAUAAAUCUUAUGUAGGUAGUAAAAGGUUUAGUCGGCUUUGUAAUUUUACAGAAACUAAUUAAAAGACAUACAUCCAGUAAAACAUCAGAAAUGUUAUGCAUGUGUUGAAGAUUUUAUUGGAAAUGAUGACUUAAAGAGACACAUUAGAAUACAAACUGGGGUAAAACUCGUAAAAUGGAUUUUUGUUUUAAAGAAUUUAUUGGAAUUAAUCCAUUAAAAAUUGUGUAUAUGGAAGAAAAUUAACAUAUAUACCUGUAUACUGGAGAUAAACUUUAUAAAUGUGAUGUAUGUGGUGGAGUGUUUAGUUAGAGUGGUAAAUUAGAUAGACACAUGAGAACACAACUGGUGGAAAACUUUAUAAAUGUGAUGUAUGAGGUAGAGGGUUUAGUGAGAGUGGUACUUUAUAUAAACACACAUACAG